CUUGGAAGUUCUUCUUUGUUUUUGCUGUUUCCAUUGGUUAAUGCUCAACUGCUCUCUACAUACAUACAACUCUGUCACUAAAGAAUAAAAAAAAGGAAAAAAAAAGCUUUGGUCUUGAAUUUUGAAUUUUUUAUCUUUAUCCCUUGUGUAUGUUCUGGAGAAGGCUUAUUUAGCAAAUGGGAAUUCGUUGAAUCUCCUCGAUCAUGGAUCUGGAAACUGGUGUUUACCAAAAUUAUGUUAAGAAGGAAUCAUGGAGAACUGUAUUGACUUUAGCAUACCAAAGCCUUGGUGUAGUCUAUGGGGAUUUAAGCACUUCCCCUUUGUAUGUUUACAAGAACACAUUUGAGGAAGAUAUUCGACACUCGGAGACAAAUGAGGAAAUCUUUGGGGUUUUGUCUUUUGUUUUCUGGACUCUAACUUUGGUGCCUUUGCUCAAAUAUGUGUUCAUUGUGCUUAGAGCUGAUGAUAAUGGUGAAGGAGGGACUUUUGCCUUGUAUUCAUUGCUGUGUCGACACGCCCGUGUUAACUCUCUCCCCAAUUGUCAAUUGGCUGAUGAAGAGCUGUUUGAGUACAAGAAGGAAAGUAUUGGUUUGGCACCAAAAUCGAGUUUCGGGUCAAGCGUGAAAUCCACUUUAGAGAAGCACAGGGUGUUGCAAAGGUUCUUGCUUGUUCUUGCUUUGAUUGGGACCUGUAUGGUGAUUGGUGAUGGUAUCCUCACACCAGCUAUUUCUGUAUUCUCAGCCGUGUCCGGUCUCGAGCUUUCGAUGUCCAAAGAACAUCACAAAUAUGUAGAGGUUCCAGUCACCUGCAUCAUACUGAUAGGCUUGUUUGCCCUUCAACAUUAUGGCACUCAUAGGGUUGGAUUUUUGUUUGCACCCGUGGUUCUAUUAUGGCUUCUUUGCAUUAGUGCCAUUGGGUUAUAUAAUAUCAUUCACUGGAACCCUCAUGUGUAUCAAGCACUGUCUCCGUAUUAUAUGUACAAAUUUUUUCGGAAAACCCAGAGAGGUGGCUGGAUGUCUCUGGGUGGAAUUUUAUUGUGUAUAACAGGCUCAGAAGCAAUGUUUGCUGAUCUUGGACAUUUUUCACAAUUGUCCAUAAAGAUUGCUUUCACCUCUUUGGUUUAUCCAUCCUUGAUUCUUGCAUACAUGGGGCAAGCUGCCUAUCUAUCUCGGCAUCAUACUAUAGACAGUGAUUUCCAAAUUGGAUUUUAUGUAUCCGUACCAGAGAAGUUAAGAUGGCCAGUUUUGGUUAUAGCCAUACUUGCUGCAGUAGUGGGAAGCCAAGCUAUCAUAACUGGAACGUUCUCGAUAAUCAAACAGUGCUCUUCCCUUGGAUGCUUCCCGAAGGUCAAAAUAGUUCACACAUCGUCCAAAAUCCAUGGCCAGAUCUACAUUCCCGAGAUUAACUGGCUUUUGAUGGUGUUAUGCCUGGCAGUUACUAUUGGCUUUAGAGACACGAGGCGCUUGGGUAAUGCAUCAGGUUUGGCUGUUAUAACUGUGAUGCUGGUCACUACUUGCCUAAUGUCUUUGGUAAUUGUUCUAUGCUGGCAAAAGAGUGUGUUCUUGGCAAUAGCAUUUGUUUUCUUUUUCGGCACGAUUGAAGCACUCUACUUCACUGCUUCCCUCACCAAGUUCCUCGAAGGGGCCUGGGUUCCGGUUGCCCUCGCAUUCAUCUUCCUUAUAAUCAUGUGUGUUUGGCACUACGGUACCCUGAAAAAAUACGAGUUCGAUGUUCAAAACAAGGUCUCUAUUAACUGGCUACUUAGCUUGGGUCCCAGUCUAGGCAUAGUACGGGUUCGUGGGAUCGGACUUAUACACACGGAGCUUGUAUCUGGAAUCCCUGCAAUUUUCUCCCACUUUGUCACUAACCUUCCAGCCUUCCAUCAGGUCUUAGUCUUUCUUUGCAUCAAAUCCGUCCCGGUUCCUCAUGUUAAACCUGAGGAACGGUUUUUGGUUGGUCAUAUUGGACCCAGGGAAUACAGGCUCUAUAGGUGUAUUGUACGAUACGGUUAUCGUGAUGUUCACAAAGAUGACAUGGAGUUCGAGAAUGAUCUUGUCUGUAGUAUAGCAGAGUUCAUACGUUCGGGAAGCAUUUCUCCUGCCCAUGUUGACGAAGAUCCAUUGAAGGAAGAAGAUAAAAUGACGGUUAUUGGAACAUGUUCUAGCCACACAGAAGGGAUUCAGAUGAGUGAGGAUGACGCAGACAACAUAGAGACAGCUGGUCCAUCAGAGUUGAAGGAGAUACGGUCACCACCACAUGUAAUGAAACCGAGAAAAAGAGUAAGGUUCAUCGUCCCGAAGAGCCCGGAGGUCAACACGGGUGCGAGGGAAGAGUUGCAGGAACUUAUGGAAGCUAGGGAAGCGGGGAUAGCAUACAUACUAGGGCACUCGUAUGUUAAGGCCAAGCAAGGGUCUAGCCUGAUUAAAAAAAUUGUAAUAAACUAUGGGUAUGAAUUCUUGAGAAGAAACAGCCGACCACCAACGUAUGCGCUAAGUGUACCCCAUGCAUCUACGUUGGAGGUGGGUAUGAUAUAUCAUGUUUAAUAUCUUUUUCCUUUUUGUUUCUUCUUUUAUGGGAUAAUUUUGGUCACAGACAAACCGGAAAUGUAUCAUAUACAUCUUUACAGUUAUGUGCAAAUAUUAUAUAUACA